AGAGCAGCAGAGACCUGAUCCCACCUCCUCGCCCAGGGUGGGAGACUCCAGGUCUUUCUGCUUUCAGGGCUCCAUCGUGGUCCACCUACCCACCAACCGCCCCUCUCCUGCCCUAGUUUAGCUCCAAGAGAAAAGAAAACAAAAAGAGAAAAAGUAAACCCCAAAGGGACUCACACACCAAGGUCUGCAAUAACUAUUUGUCCAGCGUGAGCCAGUGAAGGCCAGGGAGGGUCCAUUCCGGCUGACCACACCCCAGCAGUCACUCUCGGAUAAAGUCGCCGGCAGCUGGUGGCCGCAGGGCUGCGACAGAAGGAGCCAUGCCGAGGUACACGGUGCACGUGCGCGGGGAGUGGCUGGCCGUGCCCUGCCAGGAUGCCCAGCUCACGGUGGGCUGGCUGGGCCGCGAGGCUGUGCGGCGCUACGUGAAGAACAAGCCGGACAACGGGGGCUUCGCCUCGGUGCACGACGUGCGCUUCCUUGUGCGCCGCUGCAAGGGCUUGGGCCUGCUGGACAACGAUGACCCCCUGGAGGUGGCCUUGGAGGACAACGAGUUUGUGGAAGUGGUCAUAGAAGGCGACACAAUGUCCCCUGAUUUCAUUCCCUCUCAGCCAGAAGGAGUUUACCUAUAUAGCAAAUACAAGGAGCCUGAAAAGUACAUCGCUUUAGAUGGGGACAGUCUGAGCACAGAGGAUCUGGUCAACUUGGGGAAGGGACGCUACAAAAUAAAGCUCACUUCAAUUGCUGAAAAGAAGGUACAAAAAUCCAGAGAGGUCAUAGACAGCAUCAUAAAAGAAAAGACGGUUGUCUAUGGCAUUACUACAGGUUUUGGAAAAUUUGCCAGAACGGUAAUUCCUGUCAGUAAGCUCCAGGAGCUUCAGGUCAACUUGGUUCGUUCUCACUCUUCAGGCGUUGGGAAACCACUCAGUCCUGAGAGGUGUCGGAUGCUCUUGGCCUUAAGGAUCAAUGUUUUAGCCAAAGGAUACAGUGGCAUUUCCCUGGAAACCCUGAAACAAGUUAUUGAAGCAUUUAAUGCCUCCUGCCUAUCCUAUGUUCCAGAGAAAGGAACUGUUGGUGCCAGUGGAGACCUUGCCCCACUCUCUCAUCUUGCUCUGGGGCUGAUUGGAGAAGGAAAGAUGUGGUCUCCAAAGAGUGGCUGGGCUGAUGCUAAAUAUGUUCUGGAAGCACAUGGAUUGAAGCCAGUUGUUCUAAAACCAAAAGAGGGCCUGGCACUCAUCAAUGGGACACAGAUGCUCACGUCCCUGGGAUGUGAAGCCGUGGAGAGAGCCAGUGCCAUUGCCCGGCAGGCUGACAUCGUGGCCGCUCUGACCCUGGAGGUGCUGAAGGGCACCACUAAAGCCUUCGACACUGAUAUUCAUGCUGUUCGUCCUCAUCGUGGGCAGAUUGAAGUUGCUUUUCGGUUUCGAUCACUCUUGGACUCCGACCACCACCCAUCAGAAAUCGCAGAAAGCCACAGGUUCUGUGACCGGGUUCAGGAUGCAUACACCUUACGCUGCUGUCCACAGGUCCAUGGUGUGGUGAAUGACACAAUAGCAUUUGUGAAGGACAUCAUUACUACAGAACUGAACAGUGCAACAGAUAAUCCUAUGGUCUUUGCCAGUCGGGGAGAGACAAUUUCAGGAGGAAACUUCCAUGGCGAAUACCCAGCUAAAGCCCUGGACUACUUGGCCAUUGGCGUUCAUGAGCUUGCUGCGAUUAGUGAGAGAAGAAUUGAAAGGCUCUGCAAUCCCUCCCUCAGUGAGCUGCCCGCCUUCCUGGUGGCUGAAGGUGGCCUGAACUCGGGGUUCAUGAUAGCCCACUGUACUGCUGCUGCUCUCGUUUCCGAGAACAAGGCCCUGUGCCACCCUUCAUCUGUGGACUCGCUGUCGACCAGUGCUGCCACCGAGGACCACGUCUCCAUGGGAGGAUGGGCAGCCCGGAAGGCCCUCAGGGUCAUUGAGCACGUGGAGCAAGUGCUGGCCAUCGAGCUUCUUGCCGCCUGCCAGGGCAUAGAGUUCCUACGCCCACUGAAGACGACCACUCCCCUGGAGAAGGUCUAUGACCUGGUGCGCUCUGUUGUCAGGCCCUGGAUAAAAGAUCGCUUCAUGGCCCCGGACAUUGAGGCAGCACACAGGCUGCUUCUUGAUCAAAAGGUUUGGGAAGUAGCCGCACCAUACAUCGAGAAAUACAAGAUGGAGCACAUUCCAGAAUCGAGGCCAGUCUCUCCAACAGCCUUUUCACUAGAAUUCCUGCAUAGGAAGUCUUCCAAAAUUCCAGACUCGGAAGACCUCUGAGCUUUGUCAGACGUCACCGAGAGAAACAGACAACAGUGUGGAAGAGAAAGCCUGGAAACAGCCCGUUAUAUACACAACAAAGCACCCCUAAAGCCCUUGGUUAAGCUGGUGGGGAUGACACAGAUGCCCAGUCCAGCCCCAUGUUCUCGCCACCAUGGCUUAGCAUGUACUGGACAUGCCACUUCCUCUUGAGAAUAGCCGUAACUCAUGGGUUUGUCUUUUAUUUUACUCUUACCACUAAGCAUACCAAAUCCAGAACAUUCUUCUCUAAAGACAUUCAUUUUUUGUGAACUUAAAAAAAAACUUUUUUUGGACAAGCUUUCCACUAAUUUCCUUCCUAAGGCUAAUUGCAAUAUGCCAUGGUAUGACAAAUAUUCCUUAUACAUUU